GUUAAAAUACUCUCAUGUUUACAUAAUACACACACACAAAACAUAAAAGGGAUUAAAAUUUGUUAAUUGCCACAAUGUAGCUUUGGUGUAGAAUACACACGCACUGCAGAAUGUAAACACGGUGAUCAAUUUCAGAGCUCGUGAGAAAUUAACCAAUCAGCGAUGAGCAGUGCGCGAUAAGCUCCGCCCAGUUUCCACACGUGUUAUAAAUAUGUACAACUUCAUACACAACUCAGAAAGUAGCCGGCAAGAUAGAAACGAAGUCGAAUUCAAAUAUAUUACAAACAAGUUCUAUUUAGCGAUGACUACAGCUUUAGUAUCAGGUGUAUCGGCGUUCUAUGACUUUGGAGAUUUAGUCUACCAGAAGCCGAAGAACCGUAUGAAAAUGGACAGUCGAGUUGUAGGAAGUCCAGUCAACAACAACAACAUGAUGACUUCGAUUCGUAACCGAAGCUCUCAAUCUCCGAUCUUGGGCAACGCCGUUAUGGGCAGCAAACCAAGCCCACCACCGUCUCCAACAGAAAUGAUCUCAAUAGAUGACACUACCGCUGUUCUGCUGAAUCACAUGAACCAACUGAACCAGUUACCAAGGAAACUUGAGCGAUCAGUAAGUGACUCUCAGUCAGAUAGAAAUGCCAACCAGAAACAGCAAAAUAUCAACUCCAGUCGUUAUAAAACAGAAAUGUGCCGACCGUUCGAGGAAAAUGGACACUGUAAAUAUGGCGACAAGUGCCAAUUCGCUCAUGGGAUAAAUGAACUCAGAUCGCUAAACAGGCAUCCUAAAUACAAAACUGAACUGUGUAGGACAUUCCACAGCACUGGUAUUUGCCCAUAUGGACCAAGAUGCCAUUUCAUUCACAGCGAAAGUGAACGAAAACUUUCGGAAAUCAACCACGUAAAGUCCGAGCAAGUUCUACACGACCAGCAACAGUUUCAGCAACAAAUGUUGGUCCAGGCUCAGAAUCAGUUGAUGAACCGAUCAGCCCAACAACAAAUUCCCCCCAGACCAAAACAGCUACAGUUUAGUAUGAGUCUUCCACUUGGUUCAACUGCUGAUUCACCCAGUUCCAGUGUAACAGACAGUCCGACCAUGUCUCCCACAAAUUUCAUGUGGGGACAACAAAAUUCUGAGAGUGAUGUAUUCUCACCCGCCCCGGUACAAUCCGCACCACCAGCGGUCCAACUCCCCACUAUGUUCACGUUCCAAGACGUACAACUCGUGUUGGAGCAGAUUAAACAACAACAACAACAGCAGUCUCCAGUACCAUCCCAGUGUUCUCUUAACGUGCAAACUUCUCCACGGCAGCUAAGCGAUGCCCGUGUACAGCAAUAUUUGAACAACUGCAAUAAUAACAUUUCGCGAGACAACAACGCGUCAUACCCCAGUUCUAUGGGUUCCAGCGAAAGCCUAUACAGUGCACCUUCCCCAACUACUGCUGCUUCAUUCCCAACAAAUGACACUCCCUCAUGUGGGUCCCCUCUAGAGGUUAGCCGAAAUCUGAGACUGCCAAUAUUUAAGGAAAUGUGCUAAAGACGACAUCAAGGACCCCCCUUGUAAAACGGGACCAUAUCUAGCUGGUUAAACAAGCUGAACUGCUCUAUGCAUUUUUGACAAGAAAUUAUGGACUAUACAACCGUUGUAAUUAUGACUAUUUAUGACUACUUUAUAAAUAAUGACUACGAAGUGUAAUAUUAUUAUAAUAUGCCAUUCCUUAGUGGAACGAACAUUAUUAUUUAUUUUGGAAGGCUAUUUUACAUAAGCUAUUAGUUAAGGAGUUCUCACAAUUUUGACCAAGUAAGUUAUUGAAGACUAAGUCCAUGUUUUAAACUCACAGUGGAGUUGUAUAUACUUAACUUUACAUACAAGCAAUAUGGCUUGUAGCCUACAGAAUGUGUUCUAGUACGUAUGUACUAAGUAUUAAUACUAGGCUAAGACUGUUAUUGAGAUGCCAAGAUUUUCGGCCUUUUUUGUUUUUGAUUUUAUGUGUAAUAGUGCAUAUAGUAUGUUUUUGCAUGUGAACCAUGCAUUUGAGGGUAUUGAGACCUUACCUUAACGAAUGUGUUAACUUAUCACCAUUUAUUUAUUAUUUUCUGAACCAUUGCAUUGGUAACUGUAUGUGUAAUGCUUGUACAAAUAUUUAUCUCACAAUUUUGUACCUUUCUGGUACAGCAAGAGUCAUAGAGUAAAUUAUAUUCUUUAUAUAUUAUGUUAACUUAUGAUUUUCAAAUCACCAAAGAUGUGAAAAGCGUCUGAGUGGAUGUUGUGUCUAUCAAAAGCGUCAAUGCUGAAAACUACAUUUAUAUCAUUGUAAAUAUCUCAUUAUGUAUUUAAUGUGUAAACAUUUCAUAUGAAAAAGUUAAAAAAUUAAAGUCAACCACUACAUUUCUCUAAA